GGGAGUUUAAUGAGCAGAAGAGAGAGGAAGCUGAGAAAGGCCUGCACGAUUCCACUAGCCCAAGGAGUGGCUCUAUCAGCCUUCACAGUGCUCAAAUUAAAACACCGAGUCCCGCACAGCGAUACCAACCCCCGAGAAUUAGAGAAGACAGUCCCGACAUAUUUUUAGGACCGGUGUUGUGUUUAUAUUUUACGCCGUCGUUUCGUGCGGUUUAUCUCCGGCUAUCCGGACAGUGUCGUCCCCCUUUGAGCUCGCGUCAGGAUCAACAAUAAUAACAAGUGUCCGGGAGCCCGAAACGGGCCCGGGCGUGUGCGGGACAGCGAUGCGGGCUUUCGGUGUUUCCAGGAGGUGAGAAACACAGUUCCCCGGGGAAGCAUGAGCGAGCAGAACCGCAUCAAACUCAUAUUAUAGCCGCAUUAAAGAUCCGAGCCUGGGCAUGGCGUCAGAAGAGUCCUCCUUGCGGGCCCUGGAAAGUCUUAUGACCGAGUUUUUUCAUAACUGCACCACCAAUGAUCGCAAGAGAGAGAUCGAAGAGCUGCUGAACAGUUUUGCGGGGCAGUCUGGAUCAUGGAGACACUGCCUCUACUUUCUCUCCAACAGCCGAAAUGAAUACGUCAUGAUGUAUAGUCUUACUGUGUUUGAGAAUCUGGUUAAUAAGAUGUGGGUUGGUGUGGCCAGUGAAGACAAAGCAGAACUGCGUAGCUGUCUGCCCAAGCUUCUGCUAUCCCAGCAUGCACUGCUGCCUUUCUUCAUCAGAAACAAACUCUGCAAAGUCAUCGUCGACAUCGGACGGCAGGAUUGGCCGAUGUUCUACCAUGAUUUCUUCAGCAACACCUUGCAGUUGAUACAGUCACCAUCUCUAGCUCCGCUGGGUUUGGUUUUGCUGAAGAUGACCUCAGAAGAGUUGGUCUGUCCGAGGGAAGACUUGAGCGUCGCUCGGAAAGAAGAACUCAAGAAACUUCUGUCAGAUCAAAUACCCACCGUACUGAAUCUCCUGACUGGUAUACUGGAGACAGUAUGGGGCAAGCACAGUGUUACGGUUACCACCCCACCUCCAUCUCCCAACUCUAGAGAGUCAGGUAUUUUGUCGGGCGACAGAGCAGCGAUGAUCCUGGAUUCUGAAAGCGGCUCUCUAUGUCUGCUAGCACUGGAAUGUCUGGCUCAUCUUUUCAGCUGGAUUCCUCUUUCCUCUUCCAUCACUCCAUCCCUCCUAGCGUCCAUCUUUCAUUUCGCUCGCUUCGGAUGCCAGCAGCCAAUCAAAACUAAACAUCUGCCAACUUCAAACGGGGGCUCCGUCCACGGACGUCUCCCAGCCAACGGCGACGAUGGACACUGCAGGACCGGUCAGAUGGUCGGGCACGCCGAACGCGCCCGACUGGGCGUCAUGGCCAUGAACUGCAUAAAUGAGCUGAUGUGCAAAAACUGCGUCCCCGUGGACUUUGAGGAGUUUUUGCUCCGUAUGUUUCAACAGACGUUCUACCUGCUACAGAGACUCACAAACACACAUUCGCACGGCAACACGCACACGAUCAAAAACCGGCUACAGGAACUAGAUGAAAGCUAUGUGGAAAAGUUCACAGAUUUCCUCCGACUCUUUGUUAGUGUUCACCUGCGGAGGAUUGAAUCUAACGCCCAGUUUCCCUUAGUGGAGUUUUUAGCUUUGCUCUUCAAAUACACCUUUAACCAGCCGAGUCACGAGGGUUACCUGGCCUGUCUCGAUAUCUGGAGUAUAUUCCUGGACUACCUGACCACCAAGAUCAGAAGCCGAUUGGCUGACAGAGACAGCGUCAUUAACAGGUAUAAAGAUGCUCUUGUUCUGCUGUUGCGAGAAGUUCUCAACAGGAUUCAGUUCAGAUUAAACCAGAGUGAACUUGAGGAACUGGACGACGAAACGCUCGAUGACGACAAACAGACGGAGUGGCAGCGAUACUUGCGUCAGAGUUUGGAAGUGGUUGCCAAGGUGAUGGAGCUGCUGCCAUCUCAGACCUUUUCUGUCCUGUUUCCAGUUCUCCAGGAUGAUCUCGACAUUUAUCUCGGACUUCAGCAGUUCAUUGUUACAUCUGGAACAAGUCGCAGGCUGAACAUCACAGCUGAGGCCGACUGCAGACGUCUGCAUUGUGCUUUGAGAGAUCUCAGCUCUCUGCUGCAGGCUGUGGGACGUCUGGCUGAGUUCUUUACCGGCGAUGUUUUUAGCGGUCGCUUUAAUGACGCUCUUGCCAUUGUGCAGAGACUGGUGGAAGUGUCGUGUUACGGUUCUCAGAUCAGCCUGUACGAUGUCGAAAUGGCCGUGCCGUCAGUUCUCAAACCCGACCUGAUAGACGUCCACGCGCAGUCAUUGGCUGCUCUGCAGGCGUAUUCUCAUUGGCUGGCUCAGUUUUGCAGCGAGGUGCAGCGCCAAGAUCAAACGCAAUUUGUUGAUCUCAUCACGUCGAGUAUGGCCGCCACAACACCUCUUAUCAAUGCCAAGGUACCAGAGAAGUUAUUGAUAUCUGCGUGCCAUCUCCUGGUCUCAAUGGCGACCACCGUCCGGCCGGUGUUUCUGGUGUCAUUACCUGCCGUGCAAAAUAUCUUCAACCUGAUCACAGAAAAUCACAACCACAGAUUACCUCAGGAGGCUCACAUCCUCGUGUGUCGGGCUCUGUCAAACAUGUUACUGUUGCCUUGGCCCAGUCUACCAGAGGCGGAGCAACAGUGGUCGAGCCGCUCAUCCAAUCACGCGCGACUUAUUAGCAGUCUUACUCAGCAGUACCGCAGCCUGCCCCGCCCACCCAACCAUCACCACACAAGUAAAGCUGUGAUCGAGCAGACUGUGUGUGUUUUGAGGGAUCUGGUGGACAGUAUAUCAGGGGAAGCCACCAAAUCACGUCAGAUCUGUUACCACAGCUUGCAGGAGUCUGUACAGGUGACGCUGGCCCUGUUUCCACUCUUCAUCCAGCAGCCAGAUGUGACUGACGAAAUGCUCAGUUUCUUUCUCACGCUGUUUCAAGCGCUGCGUGUGCAGAUGGGCGUGGCUUUCACCGAGCAGAUUAUCCAGACCUUCCUCAGCAUGUUUACCAGAGAGCAGUUGGCCAUCAGCAUAUUGCAGGAGGGAAGCUCGGGCUCCAACGUGGUUCAGAAAUUCCUCAAGAUUUUGCAGGUUGUUGUUCAGGAGCCUGGGCAAAGCUUCAAACCUUUAUUACCCAGCAUUCUCAGCCUUUGCUUGGAUCAGGUUUACCCAAUAGUUGCAGAGCGUUCCUGUCCAGAUGUAAAAGCUGAGCUGUUUGAGCUUCUUUUCCAAAUUCUUCAUCAGAACUGGAGGUUCUUCUUCAAGACUUCGGUGCUGAGCAGCGUCCAAAGAACCGGAACCGAGGAACUCAUGGAGAACCAAUCGCAGUUCACCGCUGCUAUGCAGGCGUUUGGUCAGUCCUUCCUGCAGCCAGAUAUUCACAUCUUCAAACAAAACUUGAGCUACCUGGAGGUUUUGAACAGCAAACACAAGCUGUAUCACAGGAAGUUGUUUCGAAGUGCCAUGCUCUUUCACUUCACGAACGUUCUCCUGCAAGUCCUUCUGCACAAGAGUCACGAUCUCCUGCAGGAAGACAUCACGCUGGCCCUCUACAACAUGGCGGCCGUGGAUUUCCAAGCAUUCUACUCUUCCUUCUUGCCAGAAUUCCUCAAUGGCUGCCAAGGCCUCGACCCACAUCAACGCACAACGCUUGCCCGAAACUUCACACCAGAGAGGGACCUGCCAUCAUUUUCUCAGGGAGUGUAUCGACUGGUGAAUGACCUGCGCUUUUACAGACUGUGCAAUGGAAGCCUUCCACCAGGAACAUUGAAAUUAUAGCAGUGAAUCACACCUGCCACAUAGCCAAAUCAUGGCCCAUCCUUCUAGGGGCACGGGAUUGCCUUUCGCCAGGGGCCAGCCUGUGAUCUCCGUGGGGGCGUGUUUAUUUGUCAGCUUGUUUUAUGUUUCUUUCGGCUAGAUUUUACACGUUGCCAAUGAUCAAUAGGCCAAAGUGGAUGUUCUACGGCUGCCGUCGAGACUGAAGCGCUCCUCGUCCGAAAUCAGUUGGUGUGUUUGAAAGCACUGCGAUUCGGGAUGUACUGUUGCCAUUCGGAGCGCUGUUUUCCGAACUGUUUGUGGUUGUGAAAGGAGUGGUGAAACUGAAAGCACACUUAUUUAGGUUGAAAUAAGCAGACGGUGUUAGGAGUGCAGUGGCGUUGAAUGAACGAAUCAUCUCGAGUUGGUUUUCAUGUGAACUGGUAUUGAAGCAUUUCUGGAGUUUUUAAAGUGAACAGGUGCGAUGCGGAGCACUGAUUUUUUUCUCUUAAUUGUCUGAUUUUAUUUCCUUCUCCUUUUUUCCAUGGAGAUGGAGUCUCACAUUUUUUUCAUAUCAUUCCAUCCUAAUCCAGGAUAAACAAAUCUUCAAUAAAGUUUUAUAUUGAAAUGCA